AUGAGUUUAUUUUACUGCGCCAUUGCGAAUGAAAAGUUCCAAAGCUUGUUGUUCCGCAAUGUUGCUGACGGUCAUCUGUUUUUUUCGGAGCAGGGUGUCGGGGUCCACGCACUCAAGAGCACGGGGAUUCUUUUUGUCGCUGUGACUGAAUUGCAGGCAUCUAGGCAACAAUGUGUUCAGUUUAUCACUGACGUGAGUUUUUUUUAUAAAUCCUGA